AUGAAAAACAUACCAAGGUCGCCCGGGCAGUCGUACAUCGACUGGAAUGAGCACCGGGAGGCGUCCUUCCAUACAGUCAAAUCCUUGUACGAAGCUCAGGCGUGCAAGCGACGGCUUCCCUUCUUCCACGAGUUUCAAAUUGACCGUGUCAUACUUGCGACACGCGUGUUCUACAAGGUGCUGUUUGGGCAUUUCGGUGAUGACGUUGUAAGUGGCUAUAAGGAGAUACGGUAUAUCUGUGGAGUAUCAUUCGCAUCGCAGCAUUGCCCGGAACAGUUUUACGCAUUCCUCAGUUUCGCACGUCAGACCUGCCUUAACACAAAGGUACUGCUGCUUACCCGGAAAUUGCACUCAGCGGACGCUAACCCCGAGAUGUUUGAGUCGCUCACCGGUGGCCAGAAAGUCCGCGCGAUCAGGGACUUAGAACGAACACAUGAGCUCUACAACGAGUAUGCUCAAAACUAUCCCGAACAUGCAUAUCGAAUCUGCAUGGAGGAUAUGUUCAACCAAAAGACAAACACAACCCUCGCCAGGAACCUGCUGACCUUCUUACGGGAAGACCCUUCCCGCCCCAUCCGGUUUACCAGGAUGCCGCCGCGAUGA